GAGGGCAGGAAAUAGCGAGCGCUCGUCUGUGAGUGGAAUAAACGCGCUUAACAGGGAAGUGAGCCCUACCUACUUUCUUGCGUUUUCAGAGUAGACUAGAUCUAGUUUGCGUCCUGUUUAAACUGCCCCGAUCUUAAAGUGGAGUUCUCCUCGGUUAAAAACGACUUUAACAAAUCAGCUUGUACAUUGAGAGUUACACUGAGUGAUGGAGGUAGAACAUGAUCAGUAAGAGUGUCGGACUGCUGGACUUCACAUGAGACAGAGGAGGAAGAAGAAGAGAAGAACCAUAACGUUUUUCAAUGUUUUGAAAUCUGUAACCUAUACAACUCAAGUGCUGCUUGAUCAUGGCCCAGUGGAUGCACAUGUCUCAGAUGAUCCUGUGCCUCCCUGAUGAGACUGUCAACAACCUCUAUCCCCCGUCUGCCUUCCCCAUCGAAGUCAGACAAUUUUUAGCUGAAUGGAUCGAGAGCCAAAGAUGGGACGACUUUUCGCUGGAAAACAUGGAGCAGGAGAGCCAGGCUCAGGCUCUGUUGGACCAGAGCAUCAACAUGCUGCGAACGAUCGCCCAGCAGAAUAAUAACGUGGUGUACAGGAUGAAGCUGAUGCAGAUCAGCAGAAACAUGACCGUGUUUCAGCAGCAGCCUUUACGGUUUGCAGUGAUGGUCAGAGACAUUCUCAGAGAGGAGAGGGGCCUGCUCGCCACUGUAACAAAUACACCUGCACAGAUGCCCAUACUCAAUCCUCCACAUUACCAACAGUACCAGAACAGAGAACCCUCAUUCCCCAGCGCACAGGAUGUGGAUCACCUGGUCCUGAAGGUGCUGGAGGUUCAGGACAUACGACAGCAGAUACACCAGCAGCAGGAGGAUCUCAACUGGGAAAGGCAGAACUUUGAGGGUUUACAAGGGCCGAUCCAACAGAAUGGACUGGAUCCUGCAAAUUCAGAAAUCCAGAAACUCCAGACCCGCAUCCAGCAACUGGAGUACAACGUGAAAGCCAUGGCCACGAAGCGUUUCCAGCUGCUGAAGGAGUGUGUGCACUGUCUGGACCAGUGUCAGAGCCGAUUCAUCAGCAGGCUGAAGGCGUGGAGGUGGGAGCAGCACAAGGCCACCAUUGGACAUCCCUUUGACGACAACCUGAACCCCCUGCAGACCUGGUGUGAGCAGCUGCUUGGGGUGAACGGGAAGCUGAGACAGGAGUUGAUGCUGAUAGGAGAGCAGAUCCCAGAGCUCCAGGAAAGCCUGGCGAAACUUGUGCAGAUUCUGAUUCAAAGCUCUCUUGUAGUGGACAGGCAGCCCCCUCAGGUCAUUAAAACUCAGUCAAAGUUCUCCACCACCGUGCGAUAUCUGCUUGGGGAGAAAGUAGCUCCAGGGAAACCUGUGGUGCUGAAGGCGCAGAUCAUUAAUGAGCUGCAGGCCAGGAACCUCACCAGCAUACCCAGUGAUAAUGUCGGGGAACUAAUCAACAACUCAGCUGUCCUGGAACACAACACAGCUAGCAAGAGCACGUGUGCCACCUUCAGGAACAUGUCCAUCAAGAAGAUUAAGAGAGCAGACAGAAAGGGAUCAGAAUCUGUGACGGAGGAGAAGUUUGCUCUCCUGUUCUCCACAGAGAUCUCCAUCACAGGCUGUGACACUCCCUACAGGAUUCAGAUGAUCACUCUACCAGUCGUCGUCAUUGUUCACGGUAGUCAAGAUAACAACGCUCUGGCCACAAUCAUAUGGGACUGCGCCUUUUCUGAAGCAGACAGGGUGCCGUUCAUAGUGCCGGAGCGGGUGCCCUGGAGGAUGAUGUGCAAUACCCUCAACAGUAAAUUCACCUCUGAGGUUCAAACACAGCACAAUCUGGACGACUACAAUCAGCUCUUCUUGGCACAGAAGAUCUUUGACAAGCCCGACUUUGCUGAUGACUUCAGCAACAUGUUGGUGUCCUGGGCUCAGUUCAAUAAGGAGGUUCUGCCGGGUCGACCGUUCACUUUCUGGCAGUGGUUUGAGGGAGUGAUGGAGCUGACCAAGAAGCACCUGAAGACCUACUGGAGCGAAGGGCUGAUAUUUGGGUUCAUUGGGAAGCAGCAUCUACACCUGAUUCUCAAAGACAGGCCAAACGGGACGUUCUUGCUUCGCUUUAGUGACUCUGAGAUCGGAGGCAUCACCAUUGCAUACGUGUCUGCAAGUGAGAAUGGAGGACAGAAAAUCCAAAACAUCCAGCCCUUCAUCAGGAGAGAUCUUGAGAUCCGAAGCCUUGGUGACCGCAUCCGUGAUAUAGGCCACAUAACACACCUGUAUCCUGAGUAUCCUAAACAUGAAGUUUUCAAAAAAUUCUACUCAGAACCUCAAGCGUCACCCAGCAGUGGUUACAUUCCUGUGUCUCUCCAUACCAAAGUCGGCACGGAAGCUGGCUCGGCCUCGCCCCCCGCACAUCAUGCUGAAAGUAAUGUCUUCCCACUGCAUCAGUUCCAGCCGGCGUUUAGCCCACAAGAGUCCAUUAGUCAAGACAGAAUGGAAACUGCAUCUGCUCCUGCUGUGGAGUUCAGUCCAAACCACCCUGGUGUCUACUCUGAUCUGAAUAACACAACUAACAACAUGGAGCUUGAUUUUGACUCUCUUCUCCACGCGCCUCUGAGUAAUUCAAUCUUCUCUGAUCAGUAGAAGGGACACUUGUUUUUGGAUUCCAAAAGGAAACGUCAAACAGUCGCCAAACUGAUCCGUCAGGCCUUCAGAUGGAAAACAGUUUGUGCAGACCUUCUUCCUUCACUUUUAUCAGCCAUCUACAGCUUUUUCUACUUUAGAACAAAAAACCUGUCUGGGACAAACUCUCUAUAUGUUGAGCUGGUGCUACAUGAACCUAGGACAUCAAAGUCAAUCGGAAAGUAAAAAUCGGAACAAGCCAGAAAGAAGUCGGCCAUCUUUGUUUUACAACCUUUUCUCUCCCUCUCACAUUGUUGUAAGUUUAUUGAUGCCAAUUUCCUGAUUGGUAAUACUACAAUCUAUGAUAAACAUGCCCCCCCCUGUUAUAGCUAACCCUUCCAUUCAAUUCAAAAGCCUUGCUAAGCUUUAUUGUAGUUUCAUGGAUGCGUGCGGAUCGAGUCAAGGAUGCAUGAUAUGCAUGAUAAAAUGUAUGUGAGUGUUAGUGAGUCUUAUCCAUCCUGACUCCUGAGGUCAAGUAUAGACUGAUUCCUACGGACUGUUUGUGGGCGCUGCCAUCUUUUGGUGGCGGCCAUUACUGCGGUGGCCUCAUAGUUAGAUUCAAAACGUCAGACAGAUGCUGAUGAGGAGAUCUUAAUAUUAUUUAGAUUUUCAAUGUUAGACAUCUUUUACAGCAACGACCUGAUGAUAUAACAGAGAAAAAGAUUUAAAAAACAACCAGCCGCCACAUUAUAUGUGAUAACAUGCUAUGUAAUAUAACGUUUUUCUACAAGCUAAUUAGCUUCAUUAAUCACAUGCUGCAUUUAGUCCUCAUGGACUAGUUUUUGUGUCCGCCCUCAUGCAGUCUGUUAAGCACUCCCUGUUUUUUCACAAAGUUUACUCUUUUCCCGGCUGUUAAACUGUAUACUCCAGUUUCUUCCCCAUCGUUCACUUUUUAGACCUGCUUGCAUUCAAGUCCGCAGCUGUAGAAGGGAGAGGCCACCGCAGUAAUGGCAGCUUGUCAACUUCCGGUUUUCCCCGUAUCAGUCUAUAAAUUGGGAACAUGAGAGGAACAAUAAGCUUUUCUAGUGUUGAUGACUACACUGCGUUGAUGGACACUUGGUGGUGGUGAUGAUGUUGAAAGGCUUUUAUUAUGUAUAAUAGAAGACUUAAUUAAGUAUAUUUUCUUUCAACUGUUAGUUAAUCUUAGCCAAUCAUUCGGGCAUUUUUUUAAUCAUGUACCAAAUCACUUCUUUUUUUUUUCCCCACAUACCCUAAUAUACACAAACAGUUUUUUUCCAGUCAGUGAUGCAAUCUGUCUUUGCCUUUAAUCUUUUAUAAAAUUAUUAUUUCAUUCCUAGAUGUUAAUUCUAUAUCAGGAUCAUUUUUGAUUUUCCUUCAUGAAUAGAGUAAUCAUUGGGGGUUUAACAUCAACAUGUGACGUUUGUGUGCCAUAUAAAUGUAUAUUAAGAGACACAGGGUUCUUUUGUUACAGUCUUACGGUCUAAGAUUCCAAAGCUUUUCGAGAUUUAGAACAAUGCAAAUGACGACAAUCUAAAAACGAUAAAUUGUGGCACUUGGUAAGAAAUCUGCAGGGCAAAGAUAUAAAUGUUUCUGAAAAGUACCUUAUGUAAAGCUCUAAACAUGAUUUCUGAGUUUAACCGAUUUGAUUGGUCACUGAAUUAAUAUUGAAAUCAGUAAUCCUUAUAAACUAACUUUUGGUAUAAUGAAAGCUUUGCACUACCAUUACUGUCAAUGUUGUACUUUGAUAACAUGAAAGUGUGUUGUAUGUACCAUACUGCAUGUACAUUUGCUGGAUGAUGACCUUAUAUAUCUUGUGAAGUCAAUUAAUCACCACAAGGCUAAUACUACACUGCAUGUAUUCCUUCAACAUUGGUGACAAAUAAAAUCUCAGUUUUUAUCAAAAUA